GCGAGCGGAGGCGUAGCGCGUCAGACCUCUCCGUGCCCGGAAGCGUCGUGAGGCUCGGGGCUGGCGGGUCGGCGCUCUCGGGAGAAGGGCAGGCCAGGCCCAUGAACCACGCGGCUCGCUGCGGCUUUCCAGCCUCCUAACCGCGGAGUUCGCCGAGGGCCAUGGCUGAAGUGCAUGUGAUCGGGCAGAUCAUAGGAGCCACUGGUUUCUCCGAGAGCAGCCUGUUCUGCAAGUGGGGCAUCCAUACAGGUGCAGCUUGGAAACUCCUGUCAGGUGUGCGAGAAGGCCAGACCCAGGUGGACACCCCCCAGGUUGGGGACAUGGCUUACUGGUCCCAUCCUAUUGACUUGCACUUUGCUACCAAAGGUCUCCAAGGCUGGCCUAAACUCCAUCUCCAGGUGUGGUCCCAGGACAGCUUCGGCCGCUGCCAGCUGGCAGGCUACGGCUUUUGCCACGUGCCCAGCAGCCCAGGCACCCACCAGCUGGACUGCCCCACGUGGCGGCCCCUGGGCAGCUGGCAGGAGCAGCUGGCGAGGGCCUUCGUGGGCGGUGGGCCGCAGCUGCUGCACGCCGACACCAUCUACAGCGGGGCGGACCGCUACCGGCUGCACACGGCGGCGGGCGGCACCGUGCGCCUCGACCUGGGCCUGCUGCUGCGCCACUUCGACCGCUACGGCGUGGAGUGCUGAGGACCCGCGCGAG